UUCUCACUGUCUCGCCUUUCUUUCUUCCCUCAACGUCCCCCAGGGGUAAUUGUGGGGUAAUUUAUGAAGUUCUGUCAGCAUGGAGCAGGCCAGUGUAUGAGACAGCCUGCUGACCAGGCCCCAUUCACCUCCAGAGAAGAAGCCGCUCCUCAUCUCCAGACCUGGUGGUAGAUGAUUCUGCCAUGGGCAUAUUCUCCAACAACAUGUUCCAGACCCACUGCAGAGAAAACAGAGCAGACAACAAGAGCAGAAUGGAUGGCAGUGGGGUUGCUAUGUCCAAUACCAGAUCUGAGCUCGGUAAGGACAAUGGGCAAGACCUGAGAUUGAAGGUCAACAGUCGGGAGAGGAAGAGGAUGCAUGAUCUGAAUCAAGCAAUGGAUGGCCUGAGAGAAGUCAUGCCCUAUGCUCAUGGACCAUCAGUACGCAAGCUUUCUAAAAUCUCCACAUUGCUGUUGGCUCGGAACUACAUUCUCAUGCUGUCCACCUCUUUGGACGAGAUGAAAAAGCUGGUGGGGGACAUUUAUGGGGGUAGUACUUCUAUCCAGAGCCGCUCUUCUGCCCUCUCUGCUCCACACAACCCACCACCUCCCACUGCACACCUCCCUCGGCAUCCUCUGGCCCAGUCUCUGCACUCUCUGGUGGGAAGCACCCCUUCAACUUUCCAGCAUCACUCAACCUCUGCUUUAGCAACCCCUAACUCCCCUCCCUCUGCCACCUUCCUUGGUUUUCAUUCUCCAGUUCAGGGACUUCUUAAGGAUCCCCAUCACCUGACCAGCACCUACAGGCACUUCCCUGGCAUGCCUUGCCCUUGCUCACUCUGUCAGCCUUUGCCCACCACUACCUCCACAUUACAUAGCAUGUCCAUGACCAAGUGAGCAGGACUCUGUAUGAACUAACCUGUUCUGUUUGGUACAAAGCAUAUACCAAACAGCUCACAUAAUGAAUUGCUUUAAUAAUGGCUGGUCCCAGAACAUGUACAUACUGGACAUAUCUUGUGUAAAUUGCUGCUAUUUCUGAAAAAUAUUUUUGUUUCUGCACUGUGUAUGAAUAUAAUAAAUCUCUGAUGUUUUUUUCCCACAAAGUAGCAAAUACAAUAAUUUAUCUAAUAUCUGUGAUACUGAAUGUUUGAAAUGUAAGUGGCUCCUAUCUAA